CGGGUUUCGUUGUUUACUGCUAUUUAUCUUCAACAGAGUUUCAAGAACGACUCAGCAAGAAAGUUCAAGACUAGCAUUGCUGGAAUCAAUUAAACAAAACAAUGAAGUCGAAGAAAUCAGGUUCUGUUGGAGUACUCUAUCUGAAGACCUACAAUCUCACACUAGUUUUUGGAUGGGCUUACAUACUUCUUAAGUAUUUGCAAAGUGAUUUCACUUCUACAGUGGACAGCAAUUUAUGGCAUAAUGUUAAAUGGCCUGUUAUAAUUUUUCAACAUGCAGCUUUAUUAGAGAUAAUACAUGCAAUAGUUGGUUUGGUGAAAUCAAACCCUGUACUUACAAUAUUUCAAGUCUUUAGUAGAAUCAUAAUUGUGGAUGGUGUACUGUUGGCAACUCCUGAAAGUUAUGCCGCAUCAUCCAUUGGUCUGCCAUUAGCAUUACUAGCAUGGUCUAUAACAGAAAUAAUUAGAUACCUGUAUUACUUUAUGAAUCUCAAUGAAUGUACCCCAUAUGUACUUACGUGGUUAAGGUAUACAUUAUUUCUUGUACUCUAUCCAACUGGUGUGACAGGAGAAUUAUUAUGUGCAUAUGCAGCCACACAAUAUGCAAAGUCUCACCCAGAAGCCUGGAGUUACACACUUCCAAACUCAUGGAAUUUCACAUUUAGUUAUUACUGUAUACUUGUAACAAUUAUGCUGUCAUACAUUCCCCUUUUCCCACAAUUGUUUUUCCACAUGGUUGCUCAGAGGCAUAAAAUUCUGGGAAAAGACUCGCUUAAGAAAGCUCAGUAAU